GCCUCUCAAUGUCCAAAUAACUCUUUGCAUUUCCGUGCCAGCGUUUUUGCUUGAAAUUCGCCUUUUUCGUCUGUUUACCCUCUGAACGACUUUAGGGAUCUGAAGUUUUGCCUCAGUUUGCGCAACCAGUGUGCGAACUCGAUCAAACAACCCGAUCUGAUCGCUGUCCAGGCGUGAUUGUGUGUUGACACCAGGGGAUUCAUAUGAGCGUGCCUCCGGUGAUCCGACCGCCGAGCCCCCUCCCGGGGUGGCAAGGCAUCUCCUUCCAAAUCCAGAUCGGCUUGAGCCGGGAACCCGUGCUGCUGGACUCCGGCGAGUUCAGCCUGGCGCAGGUCCGAGAGAUGGCAUGCUCCAUCGUGGACCAGAAGUUCCCAGAAUGUGGCUUCUAUGGGAUGUAUGACAAGAUUCUUCUUUUCCGUCAUGAUCCGAACUCGGAGAACAUCCUACAGUUGGUGAGGUGCGCGGCUGAAAUUAUGGAAGGGGACCUAGUGGAAGUCGUCCUGUCAGCCUCAGCUACAGUGGAGGAUUUUCAGAUCAGACCUCAUGCCCUGUUCGUUCACUCAUAUCGAGCUCCAGCGUUCUGCGAUCACUGUGGAGAGAUGCUGUGGGGUUUAGUGAGGCAGGGGCUUAAGUGUGAAGGCUGCGGGCUGAACUACCACAAACGGUGUGCCUUUAAAAUCCCAAACAACUGCAGCGGCAUCCGUAAACGACGACUAUCUAACGUGUCCCUCACCGGCCCUGAUGACAAAAUGAGAUCCAGACCAUAUUGCAUCAAAUGCUCCCUUCUUCCUCAGUUACAACAUAGAAUAAAUUGCUGCAUGCUUAUCCUGUUUAUUAACACUACUCAUUCUCUGUCUGUCUGUCUCUCUCUACCUCUCCCCACACAUCCCUUCAUUCCUGCCCAGUCUCCUGUCAGUCCUAGCAUGGAGCAAAAAACACCAUCAGACUUCUUUCCUGGAAGAGGCCGUUCCAACUCUCAGUCCUAUAUUGGUCGGCCAAUAGAGUUAGACAAGAUCCUGCUGUCUAAAGUGAAGGUGCCACACACAUUUGUCAUUCAUUCCUACACGCGCCCCACCGUUUGCCAGCACUGCAAGAAGCUCCUCAAGGGCCUGUUCCGUCAGGGACUACAGUGCAAAGAUUGCAAAUUCAACUGCCAUAAACGAUGUGCACCUAAAGUGCCAAACAACUGCCUCGGAGAGGUGUCAAGAAACGGAGAUCUGUUGAGUCCCGGUGCUGAAUCAGAUAUGGUCAUGGAGGAGGGUUGUGAUGACCAUGACGGGGACAGACAUAGUCCACUUAUCGAUGACAUGGAAGAGUCUCUGGUGGUAGACUCCGCUGCUCUUUUGGAAGCUGGACAUGGUGAGCUUGGAGAUUUCCAAGACCAAGACACAGAUGAAUCCAACAGAAUCAUCAGCCCUUCCACCAGCAACAACAUCCCACUUAUGCGGGUGGUUCAGUCUGUCAAACACACCAAGAGGAAAAGCAGCAAUGUUAUGAAAGAAGGCUGGCUUGUGCAUUUCACCAGUAAAGACACGUUGCGUAAGAGACAUUACUGGCGACUUGACAGCAAGUGUAUUACCCUGUUCCAGAAUGACACUGGGAGCAAAUACUAUAAGGAAAUUCCUCUAUCCGAGGUGCUGUCUCUGGAACCAGCGAAAACAUUCAACCUUCUGCCUGAGGGUGCCAACCCACAUUGCUUUGAGAUUGCCACAGCAUCUCUGGUGUACUAUGUGGGAGAAAACCUGGCUCGAGCCGACGGGGGAAUGCUGGGCUACGGAAGCAGCGUGCUUGUUAGCGGUGUGGGACAGGACGUGGCCCGCAUGUGGGAGAUGGCCAUCCAGCAUGCACUUAUGCCUGUCAUCGCCAAGGGCAUAUCUCACGGCAGCCAUCACAGCUACCACAAAGAGGUCUCCAUUAGCAUCUCUGUAUCCAACUGCCAGAUCCAGGAGAAUGUGGAUAUUAGCACAGUGUAUCAGAUUUUCCCUGAUGAAGUACUUGGCUCUGGGCAAUUUGGCAUUGUCUAUGGAGGGAAACAUAGGAAAACAGGCAGGGAUGUUGCCAUCAAGAUCAUAGAUAAGCUGCGAUUUCCCACCAAGCAGGAAAGUCAACUGCGUAAUGAAGUUGCCAUUCUCCAGAACCUCCACCAUCCCGGCAUCGUCAACCUUGAGUGCAUGUUUGAGACACCAGAGCGUGUCUUUGUUGUCAUGGAGAAGCUCCAUGGCGACAUGUUGGAGAUGAUACUGUCAAGUGAGAAGGGGAGGCUGCCAGAACGCAUCACCAAGUUUCUCGUUACGCAGAUUCUCAUCGCUCUCCGCCACCUUCACUUCAAAAACAUUGUUCACUGUGACCUCAAACCUGAGAAUGUUUUGUUAGCCUCCGCUGACUCUUUUCCACAAGUGAAGCUGUGUGAUUUCGGUUUUGCACGUAUUAUUGGUGAGAAGUCUUUUAGGCGUUCGGUGGUGGGCACCCCGGCGUACCUCGCCCCGGAGGUGCUUCGGAACAAGGGCUACAACCGCUCGCUGGACAUGUGGUCGGUGGGUGUCAUCGUCUAUGUCAGUCUCAGUGGAACCUUCCCAUUUAAUGAGGAUGAAGACAUUCAUGACCAAAUCCAGAACGCUGCUUUCAUGUACCCGCCAAACCCCUGGAAAACAGUCACCCCAGAGGCAAUUGACCUCAUUAAUAACCUGCUGCAAGUCAAAAUGAGGAAGCGCUACAGCGUGGACAAGUCUCUCAGCCAUCCCUGGUUACAGGACUACCAGAUGUGGCUGGACCUGCGGACUUUGGAGUGCAAAAUGCAGGAGCGAUAUAUCACCCACGAAAGCGAUGAUUUGCGCUGGGAGCAUUUUGCAGAACAAAAUGGCCUUCAGUACCCAGCCCACUUAAUCAACCCUCAUGCCGAUGUCCGUGAAGAGGCGGAGUCUGACGAGCUCGUGAUGGGCAUGCUCAGCGACAGAGUCAGUGUUCUGUAAAUUGCUGCCUACCCCUUUAAGGGCACAACAACGGAGCUCAAGCCAACUCUAUACUGCAAAAUCUCCACUUUAGCCAACUGUAAAUGCCUUGACAAAUCCUAACAAAAGUACCGCACAAUUUCAUUUAACAGUACACUACAGAUCAAGCACAAAUGUCAUUAUACACACAGUGCCUAAGCCACAAAAGCCAAUCUAGCCAUACACAGAAAUACAAUCAUACCCAAAUAUACUGUAUAAAAAAAAUCUAACAAAACAAUUGCACUUAAACUACUAUGAACAAACAUAACUUACAGGCUCCUUUUGUUCUUAAGGACUUUGGAGCUUAAUCUUAGAAUAAAAUUAUGUAUUAGUAUUAGUAUUAUUAUUUUUGCCAUUACACGGUCGAAAACACUGUAUCAGCACUAUUUGUAUAAGUCACAAAAGAAGUCACAAUAUAUAAGAAAUGUGUUAUAAAAUUAACUUAUAAAGUCUUUUAUUAACUAAAUUAUUCUGCUAAGAAAUACCACCACAAAGAUUUUGGUGUGACCUGUUUAAUUGACGAUUACUUGACGAAUGUAUAGCGGAGAGCAUUUAUAGCUUUUGUGGUUUUGUGUUUAUGUGCUUAUGAAUGUUGCGUGUGUGUGUUUGUCUGUGUGUGUGUGUGUGUGUGUGUGUGUGUGUGUGGUACUUUGGGGGUUGGUUAUGUUAGUAUUCU